GGGCUUUGGUGCGGUUGUAUUUCUUCGUUUUUGAUUCAGGUCUGAGUCGCGUGCGAUCUGAAGAUGUCCUUCUCAAUCCUCGACAUUACAGCCGAAAAGGAUGGCGGCAAGUCCAGGGACAAGAAGUGGCCUUGGUUUGGAGCUCCCAUUUACGCGGCAGCCGCCUUCGCCCUCUUCUACGCCGCCGUACUGCCCAGUUUCCACAGCUAUCCAACGAUGCUGUACCAGAGCGAGGAGGCACUGCAUCCGGACGAGUUCAUCGGUGAGCGGGCGAUGCGCCAGUUGGCCGAGUACUCGGCAAUUGGCAACAAAAUGAGUGGCUCCAUUAACAACGAGGUGCACACGGUCAAUUUCCUGCUGCGUGAGAUCCAGAAGAUCAAGGACGAGGCUCGCACGGAUCUGUACGACAUUGAGGUGGACACGCAGUACUCUUCUGGCGGCUUCCACCUGUGGGGCAUGACCAUUUCCUACACCAAUCUUUCGAAUGUGGUGGUGAAGAUAUCACAGAAGAGUUCGAGCAAUGAGAACUAUUUGCUGGUGAACUCCCACUAUGAUUCCGAGAUCCAAACCCCAGCCGCUGGAGAUGAUGGCGUCAUGGUGGUGGUUAUGCUGGAAACCCUGCGCGUUAUUUCACUCUCCGAGAAACCACUCAUACAUCCUGUAGUCUUCCUGUUCAACGGAGCCGAAGAGGCCUGCAUGCUUGGUUCACAUGGAUUUAUUACACAGCACAAAUGGGCCAAGAACUGCAAAGCAUUGGUAAACCUGGACUCCACUGGCGCCGGUGGACGUGAGGUGCUCUUCCAGACGGGUCCGAACCACCCAUGGCUGGCCAAAUACUAUCAGGCUAGUGUGCCACACCCAUAUGCCCAGACCCUGGCCGAGGAGCUGUUCCAGCACAACUUUAUACCCUCUGAUACCGACUUUCGCGUUUUCCGUGAUUACGGAGGAGUUCCCGGUCUGGAUAUGGCCAGCGUGAUGAAUGGAUAUGUCUACCACACCGAGUUCGAUAACUUCCGAAAUGUGGAACGUGGCACAUACCAGUCGACCGGUGAGAACGUACUGCCCCUGAUUUGGGCCCUGGCUAAUGCUCCCGAGUUGGAUGACACCGCCGCCCAUGAGAAGGGGCACACUGUGUACUACGACUUCAUGGGCUGGUUCAUGAUGACCUACACUGAAACCACUAGUAUGGCCAUUAAUAUUGUGGUCUCUGUGGCGGCCUUUGUUUGCAUUGGCAACUCGGUGUACAUCAUGACAUUGGACAAUGGCUCUGAUGCUCCCAAGGCGGUUCUAAUGCGAUUCGGCAUCAUCUUCCUGGUCCAAGCGGGAACUCUAUUUGUUGCCUGUGGCCUAACACUCCUGGUGGCCGUUUUUAUGCAAGGCGUGGGACUAGCCGAAUCCUGGUACUAUGGAAAAUGGAUGGCCUUUGGCCUGUACUUCUGCACCUUGUUCUUUGUGUUUGGCAUACUGCCUGCGAUUUACAUUGGAUUAACGAAGAGGAAGACCAACAUGAAAUUGGAUCAUACCAUCGCCUGCUUCAUGCACGCCCAGUGCAUCCUGCUCGCAUUGCUCUGCAUCAUCAUGACCAGCAUGGGUAUACGCUCCAGCUACUUUCCCAUGAUUGGGGUUUUCUUCUACGCCAUUUCCGUCCUGCUGCAAAUCAUCCUAAAGCUUACGAUAAAGAAGAGCUACUUUGUUACGGUUCAUCUGCUGUGCCAGGUUCUACCUUUCUUCUUCUACAACUAUAUCUGCUAUGCAACUCUCGUGACCUUCAUUCCCAUGGAGGGUCGCGAUGGACCAGAGAGCAGUCCUGAUAUAAUGGUAUCUGUCUUUAUCAUUGCAACAUCAAUAAACUAUGCUGGUUUUGUUAUUCCCAUCAUGCACAAGUUCCGUAAGCCCAAGAUGGUAUUCUCUAUGUUUGGUGUGAUUACAAUCAUAUUCAUUAUCAUGGCUUGUACAUCCGCCGGUUUUCCAUUUGUGAAAGAAGUGGCUCCUCAGAGAUAUUAUGUGCUGCACACUCAACGAACCUUCCACAAUUUGGAUGGUAGCAACAAACAGGACUCUGGCUAUUAUAUUCAGCCUGUGGAUACGCGUCUCCAUGAACUGGAUGAUACCACUUUCAAGAACGCGGAACCGGAGAGCUGGACAGCAGCCUCCUGUGCUGCCGAGCCUUUCUGUGGUCUGCCUUUGUACAGUGGUCGCUGGAUAGAUUGGAAAAAUUCAGCUCGUUGGAUCUACAGCACGCCACCAGUUAUCCCACUGAGCAUAAAUCUUACCCAGCUUUCUAAACAAUCUCUGGCGGGCAACAAGGUUCGCUAUGAGUAUAAUCUGAGGGCCAGUGAUCGCGUCAUGAUGUACAUAGAUCCGCUUGAUAAUGUCAAGGUCACCGACUGGUCCUUCGACCAUACACCGCUGGAGGAGAAUCACAUACCUCCCUAUCUGAUCUAUGCCAUAUACUCCCAGACCGAAGAGCCGCUCAACUUUUGGGUGGAACUCGAGCAUGAGGAGAGCAACACAGAAGGACCCUAUAUGAAGCUGGUGGUUUCCGAGCACUUCGAAUACCACCCGGAGCACUACACCGAGGACUUUAAGCAGUUCCUCGCAACUUUCCCCGACUGGACCUACACCACCGACUGGUUCUCGGCCCUCGAGAGCUGGAUCGUUUAG